AUGCCGCCUAAACGACGCGGAGGUAAUCGAGGACGAAGAAAAGGUGUUCAUUUACAGGAUAAUUCAAACUCAAGGAUAGAUACACCAAUCAUCAUUACACCACAAGGACCAGUAGAUGAAGUUGAGCAACGUAAAAAGAUAAAUAUACAAUCUGAAUUUAGAAUUGCACCAUUGAUUGUCGAAGUAGAGUCACUCACAAAAGUCAAAAUAAGUCAACUCAUCAAAACACAUCUGCCAGGUGUUAUAGUUUUAAAUAUUCAAGUUAAUCGACCAAAUACAUACACUCUCUAUUCAAACGACGUUAAAUCAUUCAAUCGACUUCUGAAUGAAUUAUCAUCGAUUAUUCAAAUCAAUGAAAAACAAUGUUCUUCUGUUUAUAUUCUGCGUUCUAUUCAAAGAAUAAUGGAAAAUAACAAAGAAGCAUUCAUCAAGAGGGUUGACUUAGAAAUAGUGGAUGAUGAUAUCAAGCGAACAUUAGAUGAACAAGGGUUUAAAUAUGAAAAAAUUAAGCGAUUGUUGAACAAAGAUAAAAUACCAACGAAAACAAUCAAAAUCACCUUCAUUGAUUCAACAAAUAGAGAUUUAUUUGUCAAACUUGGAAUGCAAAUUGAUUCCAUGCAUUUUAUUGCUGAACCAGCAAAUCAUAAUAAUAAACCUUCACAAUGCUACAAGUGUUUUAAAUACGAUCAUAUAACCAAAUACUGCAAAGCUGAUAGUCAAAUAUGUUCCAAAUGUGGAGAUGCGAAUCAUACAUAUGAUGCUUGUCAUAACAGUAGUCAAAAAUCCUAUAUGCUGUAA